ACCAUCUCUCAUUUCCCAAAAGGAUAGACACAACUAAUAACUUCUUAUUGAAAUUUUGCUAAUAUUAUCUCCAAUUUAGAGCUAUAUAUACAAUAUGGGAAAGUUUGAUAAAGAGGGAUUGAAAAAAGGGCCAUGGACUCCAGAAGAAGACCAAAAACUUUUGUCUUUCAUUGAUACAUAUGGUUGUGGUAGUUGGAGGGCUUUGCCUGCUAAAGCUGGUCUACAGAGAUGUGGAAAGAGUUGUAGACUAAGAUGGAUAAACUAUCUUAGGCCUGAUAUUAAGAGAGGAAAAUUCAGUUUACAAGAAGAAAGAACUAUCAUUCAACUUCAUGCUCUUCUUGGAAACAGAUGGUCAGCAAUAGCAACUUAUUUGCCAAGCAGAACAGAUAACGAAAUAAAAAACUACUGGAACUCACGUUUGAAAAAGAGGUUAACCAAAAUGGGAAUUGAUCCAAUGACACACAAACCAAAUGGUGCGGGCUCAUCGAAAUAUGUUGCAAAUCUUAGUCACAUGGCUGAAUGGGAAAGUGCAAGACUAGAAGCAGAAGCUAGGCUUGUUCGAAAAUCGAAGAUCCUCUUCAAUAACAACAAUAAUAGUCACAAUUACAACAUUAACCCUAGUACUAUUUCACAACAAUUACCUUAUCAUUAUCAACAACUCCCUUGUCUUGACAUAUUAAAAGCAUGGCAAAUAGCUAGCACAAAAUUACCAACAAUAAAUGACAUUAGUCAUGCCAUUUUACGUAAUAAUUCGAAGAACAAGAAACUCGAUUCAUCGAUACCAUCAUCAACGUUAAAUUCCUCAGAGAAUAUUUUCGCGAACAAUGCACCAACUACUACUAAAGUUGAUGAUGAUGAUCAUCAAAAUCUUCAUAAUUUGUCUACAAUCAACUCAUGUUUUGAAGAUGAUCAACUCCACACAGAACUUCCAAGUUUCAUGCAGGAAUUUUCAGGGGUAUUUCCGGAAUAUACACAAAAUUCAACAAAUGGAUUACAAGUGGAUAAUUUUAUGGGAAGCUAUUCUGAAGAUAUUGAAGAUAAUAAGUUACUAAUUAAUUGGAAUAAUUUCCCUAAUUAUUUGGUUAAUUCACCUAUUGAUUGUACUAAUUAAAUUGUACUUCUUUUAGUUUUACUAAGACUAUGAUAGAAAUUUUUAUAUAUGUAUUUGUAAUAUCCCAGAAUGAAGUUUAGUUUAUGAAAUAUUUUGAUUAAAAUCGUUA